GACAAAAACAGAACUUGCAACUUCCAUUACUAACAUAUUUUUUGCGAAAGAAAGAAAAUAGUACUUCGUUCAAAUUAUCGAUACAAUGGCUGCUUAUAGCAAUUGCUCAAUCCUCUUCGCAAUCAUAGCAUUGUUAUCCUUUUCAAGCAUCACCACAAGUCAUGCUGCUCGUAGCCUACUGCAACUUCCCAACUUGCCUACGAUCCCCUCGUUGCCUAAACCAACACUGCCACAAUUGCCUAAUAUUCCCAACUUCCCUGCAGCAUUGCCACCAUUGCCAACACUUCCAACAGCAACACCAUUACCAUCUUUGCCAACAUUGCCCUCUGUUCCGAAAAUGACUCUGCCACCAAUGCCUUCACUUCCCAACAUGCCUGCAAUUCCAACACUUUCAUCUCCUCCAUCCAACUAAUCUUUCAGCUUCCAACUGCGUGAUUUUUACCUAUUUUACCCUACUAGUCUUUACUGCGUGUUGUUUUUCUUUUGUAAUUUUAAUUUUUUAUGUGAUUCUUGGCGAUGUAUUGUAUCAUUUGUACUAUUCUGAGUGAUAUAUAUUGAUUUGUGUCAUUUGUGUUAAUCCAAUGAAGUGUCUGUUACUGAUUAA